UUUCGUCACUCGUCUUGUUACAAAUCAUCGUGAUGUUCAAAAGGUUCAUAUCAAAACUCAAUCAAAAUGUACAAAUUCUUCAAAGAAAUCAACAAUUCACCCGAUAUCAGUUACCACCAUUACGAUGUGUUGCCACAGUGCCCGACGAGCAAACGUUGCUGGAACAAGCGCAUAUUGACGAAGCGGUGCGACUAAAUCCACUGCUGGCCAGAGUAUCUGCCACGCAAUGGCAACAAGCCCACGAAACCUUUAUGAAUCACGGUCUGUACACCAGCAACUUUCUGCGCAUUGUCAUUGGUAAUCCGGCGGUGCUCUCACGUCCCACCCAGCGUAUAAUUGAUGCGAUUGAACACUGGCGUAGCUGCCAAUUUGGUGAAAAGUUGUUAUUCCUCCUCCUAACGAAGUACCCAGAGUUUUUAGAUGUUACUGAUGAACUGCGUCUACGAAAGCAGAUGAGAUAUUUGAAAUCAUUUGCGGGUACAGAUAAAAACGUGUGGAAGUUGCUGAUGAAUUGUCCCGAUGUAUUAGAACAGUCUCAGCGGAGUAUAGAGGAAAAAGUGCAGUACUUGAAGAAUGUUAUGCGUGUUGAAAUUCCGGAAAUCCUCAAGUCAGAAGCAUUGUCGAAAUCAUUGGAGGAGAUUCGUUGCCGGCAUGUUUUUCUCGAAAGAUUGGGCCUAUUCAAACCGCGUCCUUUGAAAGUGGAUCCCGAUGAGCCAACGAAAAAUCCGCGCUUGUAUCAAAUUACCAAUACAUCGGACAAAGCAUUUGCCACCAAAGUGUGUCAUGUCAGUUUGAUGGAAUUUGAAGCAUUUCAAGAGCUCUUUGAUCGCGAACAGCUGCGGAAACAAAGCGCUGACGAUGCAGAUGAAGAUAAAGAUUGGGAGGAAGAACUUGAAUAUAAAAAGCAUUAAAUCAAAUAUCUAUGAAUGCAUAAAUAGUUUUAGUUUGUAAUAAAGCAUUUUUAUUUCAACGUUUAA